AUGUUCGGUACAGCGAGAAGCGGUUACAACCCGUUCCCGGGGAUGGGCCCACCCAGGCCCGUCAUACACCACAUGUUGACACCUGCCGCCACUAGGAGACUGUCAUCGUCUGCCGACCUACCGAAGUGGGCCCGAAGCCGAGCUAACUCUGCCGACAGUGGAAUACAAGUUGACGCCGCCCUGCCGGCCUCCACGCAGAUGCACCACAGACGAACACUGCCUGGUCCAGAGCUAACAUCAACAACACGAUGGCACAGUACUAGUCUGGAACCAAUCAACAGCGCGAGACCGGACACCUCAGGGAGUGCCUUUCUUCAACAGGACAACAAGCUUCAUCAGUCCAUGGAAUAUGAAAAGAUGGAAUCAGUGACAAGGAAUGGCGGAGUCAGCCCAAGCUACGCACCCCUGCCGCCUGUCCAACAACAGCCUGUGUUCGAACCUCCCAUGGAUUCCACACAACGGCAGGCGGCGAGCAACGACGCAGACCAGGUUCCCCGUGAAAGUGCGCCUGCUGAAACUGGCAAUACAGCUGAAGCUGGGGAUGAUCUUCGUCCAUGGAGGGCCCCUGGCGAGACCGACAUCUUCAACAAACGCGCAGUUUUCGGGGUAGUGCCAUUCGUUCCCCAGCCCAAGUCCGAACGCCCAGCGGCGGAGUCUCCCCGGCGCGCCGUGUCGGCCAGUCCGCGGCAGACAGCGGACAGGGAUGACGGUCUGACGGCUGAUCAGGAACCGGCACCGUUGGAUCCCCCUCCAUGGAGGAAUCCUGGCGAGACUGACAUCUUCAACAGAGGCGCAGUUUUCGGGGUAGUGCCGUUUGUUCCCCAGCCCAAGUCCGAACGCCCAGCGGCGGAGUCUCCCCGGCGCGCCGUGUCGGCCAGUCCGCGGCAGACAGCGGACAGGGAUGACGGUCUGACGGCUAAUCAGGAACCGGCACCGUUGGAUCCUCCUCCAUGGAGAAAUCCUGGCGAGACUGACAUCUUCAACCGGGGAGCAGUUUUCGGUGUCGUGAGAUCAGUUCCUCAGCCAAGGUUUGACCAGCCCGAAGACACCAAACUGGCCAAACCUGCCUCUCCUAAGGACAGGGACGAUCACACAGCUGGUCAGCAAACAAACGAACCUGGUGAACCCAAAAUAUGGAGAGGUUCUGAGACCACCAAUUUCAACAAAGGCGCAAUGUUUCACGUUGUUCAGUCCGUCAAACAACCGGAUUUCCAGCGGGAAACUGACAACCCUCAGAGCGCGAAACACCCAGACCAGACCGGCGGAGAUCGUGGCUACAGGGAGGAAACACAACAGGCCUUCGGUGACAUCCAACCAGCACAGGCCCCUGUCGUCUGGAAGGGUGCGGAGACUGGCAACUUCAACAAGGGCGCCAUGUUUCACGUUGUUCAGUCCGUUCCACAACCGAAUUUCCAGCGGGAAACUGACAACCCUCAGAGCGCGAAACACCCAGACCAGACCGGCGGUGAUCGUGGCUACGUAUACAGGCAGGAAACGCAAGAAGCAGCGACCGACAUCCAACCAGCACAGGCCCCUGUCGUCUGGAAGGGUGCGGAGACUGGCAACUUCAACAAGGGCGCCAUGUUUCACGUUGUUCAGUCCGUUCCACAACCGGAUUUCCAGCGGGAAACUGACAACCCUCAGAGCGCGAAACACCCAGACCAGACCGGCGGUGAUCGUGGCUACAAGCAGGAAACGCAAGAAGCAGCGACCGACAUCCAACCAGCACAGGCCCCUGUCGUCUGGAAGGGUGCGGAGACUGGCAACUUCAACAAGGGCGCCAUGUUCCAUGUCGUGUCGAGCGUUCCCCAGCCGACAUUCAGCAAAAAUAUGGACAACAGUGAGCCUGACCCCAGGGCGACUGGACAGGACGGAGUGGACGCCACCCAAGGACACAACAAAGCCGACGUCCGGCCGCCGAGUCAGCACGUUCACUGGAGGGGAGCAGAGACUACAAACUUCAACAACGGGGCGGUUUUCAAUACAGUUCAGUCCGUUCCACCGCCUCGAUACAUGGAGAGGUCUACCCAGGAACAGGGGAAACUUGGCGAGGGCAGUACCAAAACUGCUGAAGGAAAGGAAAACGUUAUAACAUCUCCAGAGACUGCACGGGAGCAGGGACAAGAAACACAUGUCUACAACAGGGGAGCAGUAGUAGAGGAGGAGCAGACCAAACCUACACAUCAGGGUGGUUCUGCAGCCGUGCCGCCUGUGACACCACGUGCAUGGGCCGGGAGGAGUGCACAUGGCAGGGACACCAGCCGUCCUGUCCUGGAGCCACUCAGGCCAACACAGCCGGCAACUGGAGCUAAACGGCCGCCAACAAAAUGGACGACGUCGUAUUCCGGCCCACCCUCCAGCGGCAGGGGCAUCCUCAGGACCAUGAACGAUAACGUAACGGGACCUCCGGCCGGGAGAAGCAGCCCUGAGUCCAAACUGCCCAGGCUUGACUCCGCGGGAAAGCCGAGGGACAGCAGCUCUAGACUGAGGCGGAGCAGAUACGGCAGUGCUGGCGGUGGUCUGACGGCCGUGGACGACACAGUGCCUCUACCCGAACCUUCGCGACAGGCCCCGUUGACCAAGGCUGUCCGACUGAGGCGAGCAGUCGACCUGCCCAACGCCAGAUGCCUGUUCAAUGUGGAAGGGAGCGGCUCGGAUCCAUGGAAGGCGGGACGCCACUCAAAGGGCAAAAGGCCGUUCCCAAAGUCAGAGUACGUCUCGUCCUUCCAGAGGUGGUUCCCGUCCCGCCACUACCAGGGCACCAAGUCGGCCUGGGCCCACCGGGCAGGCAGCGCCAACUCCGAACGCGGCUUCGCCCAACCCUUGCCCGACAUCGGCGGCCGUAACGCGUGAUUCUGCGACAUCAGCGCUGUCUAAAUAUCAGACCACAAAAGACGCUGUUUCUCGCAACGC